AUGGAGGAAAAAAUUCCUAUUAGCCAUGCCCAUGGUAGUGCAAGUUCAGGUGAUGUCAAGAAAGUCAUAGAUCUCUAUAAUCGGGGAGAAGAAGCCAUAGAGUACCUCAACCUAUAUCUUAAAAAAGCUAAAGAAGUAGGAGACAGGCAUGGGGAGGGUGGUGCUUAUGGCAAUCUUGGCAAUGCUUAUCACCGUCUGGGUGAUUUCAAAAAAGCCAUAGAGUACCACAACCUACAUCUUAAAAUAGCUAAAGAAGUAGGAGACAAGCAUGGGGAGGGUAGUGCUUAUGGCAAUCUUGGCAAUGCUUAUGACAGUCUGGGUGAUUUCAAAAAAGCCAUAGAGUACCACAACCUACAUCUUAAAAUAGCUAAAGAAGUAGGAGACAAGCAUGGGGAGGGUAACGCUUAUGGCAAUCUUGGCAAUGCUUAUGACAGUCUGGGUGAUUUAAAAAAAGCCAUAGAGUACCACAACCUACAUCUUAAAAUAGCUAAAGAAGUAGGAGACAAGCAUGGAGAGGGUAAAGCUUAUAGCAGUCUUGGCAAUGCUUAUAGUAGUCUGGGUGAUUUAAAAAAAGCCAUAGAGUACCACAACCUAGAUCUUAAAAUAGCUAAAGAAGUAGGAGACAAGCAUGGGGAGGGUGGUGCUUAUGGCAAUCUUGGCAAUGCUUAUAUUAGUCUGGGUGAUUUAAAAAAAACCAUAGAGUACCACAACCUAAAUCUUAAAAUAGCUAAAGAAGUAGGAGACAAGCAUGGGGAGGGUGGUGCUUAUGGCAAUCUUGGCAAUGCUUAUCUCUGUCUGGGCGAUUUCAAAAAAGCCAUAGAGUACCACAACCUAGCUCUUAAAAUAGCUAAAGAAGUAGGUGACAAAUCCCUUGAGGCAAUGGCCUACUCUUCACUAGGAUGCGUUUUUGAGUUGCAAGGUGGACUGCCAAAAGCCGUUGAACAUUAUCAAGCUAGCAUAAAAUUAUUCAAUUCCUUGAGAGUACUUCUAAAAUCUAAAGAUGAGUGGAAAGUUAAUUUUCGAAAUCAGCAGCAAAUGGCGUAUACGGGUUUGUGGAGAGUUCUAGUAGAACAAGGUAAUGUAGAUGAAGCCUUAUUUGUUGCUGAGAAAGGACGAGCUCAAGCUCUGACCGACCUCAUAGAAUCCAGUUUUUGUGGUGGAACAAGUCACCACAGGGGAGAAGAUGAAGAUUUCACAGUUUUAAAAAACGUUCCAUCAAACACUGUCUUUCAGGCAGUGGACGAAGCUGACGUCAAUCUUUGGGUUGUUUCCGAAGGAAAAAAAGUUCGGUUAAGACAAAGUAAACUCAAAGGUUUUGUUUCAGAGAAUAGUGGAUCUAGCCAGUCCUUUGAGUCGUUCAUGCUCGGUGUCUAUACACAACUUGGUGUUCGUUCUAAUGUGAGAUGCGAGAAUCGAUCUUUAGAUGCUUUGAGGGAGGGCUGUUCAAAAGUGGAUGAGAAAACCAAAGAAGCCAACCCUCAACCUCACAUCCAACAAGACGGAUGCUUGAGCACUUUGUAUGAUAUCGUUAUGAAGCCGGUGGCUGACUUGAUUGAAGGGGAUGAGCUACUCAUUAUUCCUGAUGGACCCCUGUGGAUCGCUCCUUACGCUGCAUUGAAGGAUGGUAAUUCUAAAUACCUGUGUGAAUCGUUCACAAUCCGAGUCGCUCCAUCGUUAGCAAGUCUUAGACUCAUUGCCGAUUGCCCAGAUGAUUAUCACAAAAGCAGUGAUGCGUUACUUGUAGGAGAUCCGUGGGUAUCCGAGGUUACUAACAGCGAGGGAGAGAAAGUCCUCGAGCAGCUUCCGUUUGCUAAAGAAGAAGUAGAAAUGAUCGGGAAAAUUCUGAAUAUCACGCCAAUCACUGGCAGACAAGCCACGAAACGUGAGGUGUUGAAAAGACUCAGUUCCGUUUCCUUAGUUCACUUUGCGGCACACGGAUGUCCGGAAACUGGCGAAAUUGCUCUUACACCUGACCUAGACCGAAUAUCAGCUGUGCCUACGGAGAAGGAGGAUUACAUUUUAACGAUUCAAGAUGUGUUGAAUGUUCAACUUCGCGCCAAACUUGUUGUGCUCAGUUGCUGCCACAGUGGUCGGGGCGAGAUCAAGGCUGAAGGUGUGGUUGGCAUUGCGCGCGCUUUUAUGGGGGCUGGUGCUCGGUCUGUUGUGGUGUCCCUGUGGGCGAUUGAUGACGAGGCUACUCUCCAGUUCAUGAAAUGCUUUUAUCAACACCUUGCAGAAGGUAAACCAACAAGCAAGUCACUGAACCUGGCCAUGAAAAGCCUCAGAGAAUCAGAUGAGUUCCACGAAAUCAAAUACUGGGCGCCCUUUUUGCUGAUUGGAGAUGACCUCACGUUUGACCUGAUGGCAAAGGAAAGAGAAAAUUUGAAUAGAAAAUCAAAUAAAUGA